AUGGUUGAAGGGUUAAGUGAACGUGAAAAGAGAUUGAUUCGUCGGAACAUAGUGAGGGAUACAGAGUUAAGUGCUGAGCCUGACAGAAUGAAUAUCGAAAGUGAUGUAAGGAGACGUUUUAGUGAAAGUAAAAGCUAUGUUGGUGCAGAUGAUCAUGGUGCACAUGCUAUUGAAAUGGAUAGAUUAAGUGACAUCUCAGAUUUGAACACGAUUGAUGAAUAUUUUCACGAGAGUACUUCAAUGGAGAUACGGGCCAUGGAAAGAAGUGUGGAUUCAAAAACCAGAGUGAAAGAAAACUUAAAUGAAAGUAACUUAAAAUAUCUUGAUGAUCACUAUGAAAGGUUAGAGCAAACUUUGCGAGAGCUUAGAUACGAUGAUGAUUUGCUUGAUCAGAAGCUUACAACUGAGCCUAUGAGUAAAUAUGGAAUUAGGGCCAAUUCCAUCGGGGAGAGGGGAGAAAUAGAAAAAGCUAAACGUCUCAGGCACUUUGACGAUUUGAGUGAAACAAAACUGAAAGGUAGCUAUAAAGAUUUUGAUAUGAGGUAUGAUGUGAUGAAAGAUGUAAAGCACAAAAGUGUUCAAAACGAAAGUCCUCGUGAUUUAAAGACUGAAAUUAGAAGUUUAAGAAUGGACCAAGAGGAAAUUAAAAGUCAAUCUAGUAGAUAUGAGCGUGAAAGUUUGAAACUGAAACAGUUACAAAUGGAGGAGGAUAGAAAGCAGCGAUUUAUGAUGGAAAAUAGACAGAGAUUGAACUAUGAAAUGGAAAUGAAGAGAAAAGCGGAACAUGAAUUAGUAGAAAGAAUCAAAAUAUUAGAGCAACAAGAGUUGGAACUGAAUAAAAGAAGGAAUGAAAAUGAGAGAAUUGAAAGAGAUUUAGAAAUGAGGAGAGAAAAUGAAGAGGAAUUGAAUCAUAGAUUAAUAUUAUUGAAAGAGAAAGAACAGUUGCUUCUGGAUAAAGCUGAUAACAGAAAAACUGAAUUUAAUGAUCGAAACAAAAAGAAAGAGGAAAGAUUGAAAGGUAGAGAACAUAAAGCUGAAAGCGUUAUGUAUAAAGUUGGUUCACCAAAGAUACCAAACUUUAACGGAAAGCAUUUUGAGCAGUGGAAAGUGGAUGUUUGUAGUAUUCUAGAAAGUAAUGCUUAUCCAGAUCAUGCUGUAGUACAAGCAAUUAGAAACUCGUUGCAAGGAGAUGUAAGACAAGUUCUCUUGACUCUUAAACCCACUGCUAGUGCUGAAACGAUAGUGAAUAAGUUGAAAGAAGUAUAUGGUAAUGUGAAAACAGGUGAUAGAGUAGUAACGGAGUUUUAUUCAGCAAAGCAAAAAGAAGGAGAAUCAUGUUCGUCUUGGGGAGUAAGAGUAGAAACAUUGUUUCAACAGGCUGUUGAAAAGGGUGAAAUUGAUGAAGAGAAACGAGAUAAGAAGUUGAAGGAAAGAUUUUGGAGAGGAUUGAGAUCUGAAAAGUUACGAAUGACCACUAGAGUGGCAUAUGAAAGUAAAGACUCAUUUGAAUGUUUAAGGAGAAAGGCUAGGUCAGAAGAAGAGGAAGAGAAUAGUGAAGUCAGAGAAGAAAAUACGCGUAGUGCAUAUGUCAAUCAGAUAAGGGAUGAAAGUGGAAUGAAAGAACUCUUAGAAAGAUUGAAAUCCAUGGAGAUAGAAAUGAAAAGGUUGAAAGGGCAAAGUACUAGUUAUAGAGGAAAUAAUUACAACAGUAACUUCAGAAGACCCUUUAGAGGAGGGUACAGAGGUGGAAAUAGAGGAUUCAGAGGUAGAAGUGACGAUGGGAAAGAAGAGCAGAUCAAGGAAACAGAAAAGGGACCAGAACAGAAUGAGAAGUCUUUAAACGAGAAAAAGCUUUCAUCGGGGGGCACGAUGGAAGCGAAAAAGUAG